AUGGAUCACCUUUCGUGUCGCCUCGAGAGAAGACUGUGGGAGUGCCGGGACGACGAACACUUUUGGACGAAUAUUCCCCGUGCAGCAAAGAAGAUUUACGAGGCAGCUGGACAGAAGACUCCUGAAAGAGCUUUGCCAAUUAUACGCAAGUUCGUGGACCAGAAAAGAGGAAGUGAAAAGGAGCUGCUUCGUCCUGAGUGGGGAGAAGCCAUGGAGCACCUGUUGUCGGAGUACAGGGGCCUCUUUGAACCUUUGCGUGUGAAGAGACCUCCACCCAAGGACCCCCCCGAACACCCGAAGACAGAAGAAGAGUUGACUGGGCGCGAAGAUUUCCUGUACAACGUGAAAGCCAGGCUGAACGAUGUCUUACGGAUCGAGGCCGGGUGUCGUAAGGUAGAUUUUCACCUUCGAAAGAGGAGAGGAGAGAUCUGGUCCGAAAUCAACGAGAGGCAGCAGUCCAUCAAGUCAUCCAAGACGAAAGAGGGGUUCUUGAAACAGCGACAUCUUCUGCAAGAAAUACCUGUACCUCCAUGGUUCGACGAGGGGAUCAAGAUGAGCAAGAAGGACGCGUCGAAUCUCGUGCGCGACGUUCGAAACACGAGGAAGGACAUGUGGAAGAGCAUGAGGGAGCCGGGAACGGAGGAUCCACCGAAAGCCUUCUCACUGAUGCCACACUUCUCUCUCACAAGGGCGUUCGUGAGGUACGACAGCCAGAGCAUCGGCACCCUCGCCAAGUCUCUUGAUUUCCCCGGUGUGUCGGAAAACCAGGUCACUUUGAAGACCACUGGUGUGAAGUGUUCUGGGAAAGCUGAAAGGCUCUGGUGGACGGGCAUCUUUGACUUUCAUUCGGAGAGGAUCGUGAACAGACGCCCGAGCACCGAGAAGAAUCAGACGCAAAGGACGCGGAAAGUCCUUCGCCUGAACAACCGCUACCGAAAGGGAAUCGGUGUAUGCAACAAGGACCCGUGGUUCACCGACGAAGUCCUUUACUCGGCGAAGAGAGAUGACCCGAGCUGUGAAACACCCUGGAUCGUCAAUUCGAUAUCUACGGACGGCCUACAGGUCAAGGUUUGCCUGGCUACUCUUGCCAAAACCAAUCCCCUGCCGAAGGGUGUGAAGGAGCUCGUGAAGAAGGGCUACGCAUCUAUCCAGGACAAGCUUCGAGUAUCCAAAAGCUCCAAAGGCGUUUUCAAGGAGGCCUUCCCUCUCUACGGUACAGAGAAGUCCCGUCUUUCUUCCCCCGACAACCACAUUGAGGUUGUAGGUCUUGACCCCGGGCAAGUCUCCGUCUACGCGACGGUGAGAGCGAACAUCACGUCUCCGAAGACAUUCGAAGCUUCUGAGUUCAAGGGAUCACAGUCGUCCAUUUCUUCUCGAGAAUACAAGCACCAGUCGCUUACCCGCUUCAGCGCCAAGGCAGAAGUCGGGAGGAGACUAGAUCACGUGGAAUAUGGUCAAGCGGUUCAAGCCUUCGACUCCGUGUCGCUAAAACAGCCUGGUUCAUCUGUUGCGUACUCUUCCGUAAUCUACUGCACGCUACGUGUUAGAGUAGUGGAACUGCUUUCAGAAGAGCGUAGACUCCAGAAGUUUGCCAGACUUCGUGCGAGACAACGCACCGUUGACGGUAUGGCUAGGGACAUUGCUUUCGGAAACACUUACAAGCAAGAGGUCAGGAAGGAGCAACGGUCUUCGGCCGAACCGUUGUCACCAGAGAGGAGAAAGGAGUUGUUGAAGAAGAUUCGAGAUAAGAAGAGGGUUGUUUUCUUCGGCAACGGUCAGUUUGGCCAUGGUGCGAGAGGAGCUUGUCCUAGGAAGGCGCUGAUUCGAGCGCUGGGUGUCCUUUGUCCGGUGGUAUUGGUGGACGAGUUUCGAACGUCAAAAUGCUGCUGUAGUUGCGGCGUUCCACUCAAGCAAGUGGAUGGUUCUCGGGUAUUUCGCUGUUCAAGCCAGAUGGACGAGGGCCAAUCUUGCUCCGUGAAGUUUAUCGACAGAGAUACGAAUGGUUCGGCCAACAUAGGAGUUUGUGGCGUGUUUCAGCUCCUGGGAUUGAAGAGACCAUCGUUCCUUUGUCGUAAGUCUAGCGAGGGCAAGUAG